ACGAGCAGAACAACAACAAAUAUACAUAUUAAUUAAUUGAAGCAGCUGCAGAUUUCUUUAACAAUUAUGAUGGAUAAUUCGGAGCAACCUCAAAGGCAGCAAAAUUCGUUAGCUGGUUUGCCACCACUGCCAAAAAGUCUGAGUGCAGCGGCUGCCACUGCAAUUGGACAUGUUCAAGGUCAAGGUCAUGGACAUGCACAUGCACGUGGUCACACUCCCGGUCACAGUCACAGUCAUGGACAUGUGCGCUCGCACACAUCCUCGCCAGCUGCGUCGGUGGGCGCCUUAACGGCCGCCACGGGGGAUCUGUAUCUGGGACCAUCCACCUCGUCGGCGGCACGCAAUCGCAACUACAAUGGCCAUGGACGACAUGGCAGUCUGUCGUCCACACAGGAGUCCCUCAGCGAUCGCGAGAGCGUGCACAGUCGUGCCUCGUCGACGCACAGCGCCAGCGGCAGCACGGCCACGCCUACAAACACAAACAACGCGUCCAGCACAAUUGACAACCAGCUGGCGAUAUUACGCCGUGAAAUGUACGGACUGCGUCAGCUGGAUUUGUCGCUGCUAUCGCAAUUGUGGGCACUGAACGAAUCGAUACAGGGAUUCCGUGUAUUCCUGCAGGAGCAGGAGGCUCUGUCGCCGCCAUCGCGUUCCCGCACGCCCUCCGAUGCCAACUCACUGUCGUCCGACGAGGAUGAUGGCACCUAUGCGCCAGUUGCGCUGCCCAAGCUCCAUGCACCGCCGGCUGCCAUGACAAUGGCGGCAUCAUUGGCAUCGCCAGCGGUCAGCGUGGGAUUGCCCACGAAAUUGGCCACCGGCUCAACCACAUCGCAUGCCUCGACCAGCUCCACAUCGGGUGCAUCGGGAUCCUCGUCGGCAGCCUCCUCCAUGGGCAAACAUCAUCAUCACCAGCAACAACAGCAGCAACAGCAACAACAACAGCAGCUGCCACAUUAUCAUCAACAUACCAUCAUCAUCGUUCUGGCGCCACCAGCGCCGCCGGCUCAGCACAAGGCGCAUCCGCAGCUGCCGCGCAUCUUGCAACAACGCAUGCGACAUGCACCACCGCCUCCUCCACCCACAAGACCCAGCGGCGGUGCAAGCAGCAGCAGCAGCAAUCACAGCAUCAGCAGUGUCACCCAACAACAACAACAGCUGCAUCCGCAUCACCAAAGGAACGUAUGACAAAACCCGUUCUUGGAUUAAUUAUACAACCAAGUAUAGUUUAUCCAAGAACAACUGCAAAUGGGAAACACACACAUUUCACAAAUGUCAAUUGCACAUUUAUGCAAAAGUCAAUUUACAAUGCGGCAGUUGAUGGCGUUAAUGGCCACGCCCCACCUCCAACCGCCUCCCAAAACCUAAAUACAUACAUACAUUGUAGACAUCAUAGACAUCCAAGCUUGCCAUUUGUUCCAUAUUUCGUUCUAGAUUUUUACAUAUUUAGAGAAUCGAAAUUGUAUUCAAUAAUAAUCUUUAAAAAUAGUUAAGGAUGAGAUCCUUCAAUAAGUACUACAUUAUAUCGAAUAUUUAUAUAUCUAUAUAUAAUCUAUUUGUAUAUUAUGCGCAAAACUAUGAAAAAAACAAACAUUUAUUGCUGCUUAAAAAAUGAAAUAGGUACAUUAACAUUUUGCAUCGAAAUUAAAAAAAAUAACACUAGGGAAUUUUUCGUUUGCCGAAUUCUUCUCUUCGAUAUUUCAUUGAUAAUGAUGAUGAUGUUCAAAUUUAAUGAAUUGAAAAUGAUAUGAUAGCAAGCACAUAACGAAUAAUUAGUUAAAUUACUUAUUGUACUAUUUGAACAUAUUCUAUACAAUUGAAAUCUAAGUAAACAUAUUCACUCAUUAGCAUUAACCAAAACUAAACUCUUGGCCUAAUACAUUAAAAUUAUCUAUAUCCAUAAUCAUA